AUGCCACAUCGGAAAUCCAACAAGCCCUCGCUGCAGAUCAAGACAAUAUCAUCCAAAUCUUCCCAUUCCUUCUCCACUUCCACCGCCGUCUACGAGUCGAGUAGCGAGGAAGAAGAAACUCGGUACAAGCCCAAGAUGGCUACCGAAUACCUUUCCACUCGACCUCUGACCGUGUCAAUACCGCGGUCCACAUCGUCUGGUCCGUACUGCACAAGGAGACCGAAUCUGUCCGAAAUAUUAGCAAAUACCUCACAAUCGCCAUAUUCGCUCGCCGACUUUAUGGCCUACUUAUCUCGCAAACAUUGUCUUGAAACACUGGAAUUCACCAUGGACGCUUCACGAUACAAGAAACAUUAUGCUAAAAUGGUCAAUCGAAAACCCUUCUCAAGUGACGAAGGUGCCAACGUCAAAAAGUUGUGGAGAAGAUUAGUCGACGCUUACAUUGCACCUGGCGGAAACCGCGAAGUGAAUUUACCUGCGGAAACACGAGAUCAUCUUCUCCGUCAGGCGCAAGCUGAUUCGGCUCUACCACCGGAUCCGACUGUUCUAGACACUGCGGUUCGCAUGGUAUAUGAGCUCAUGGAAGAAUCUGUUCUGGUACCAUUUCUCAACAGCCAAUGUCCAGCUAGUGGCAUUCAGGCUAACUCCUCUGACGAAAACCUCGACACCUCUACACAGCAGUACGAUGCUCAGGCUUAUUACGCUACCGCACACACUCAACAACAUGUGCGACAAACGACAUCACAAGCCACCUCGAUACCGACACAUGCUUACAAUCGUGCAUCAGCGCCUGCUACUUAUUCCCGUUCUCUAGGCCCUGCUACGCAACACUCUCGAUUUGCAUCUGGUCCGGCUCGGUUUGCAUCUACUCACAGCAACGCCUCUGGAUCAGAGACGCUUACGGACGACUCUGGGAGCGUUUCACCAUCAAAUGACCCAAUGACACCACCAACAACGCCCCCAAUGAGUGAACAAUACGGUGGUGGGUGGGCUGCAGAGCUAUACAACAGCAGUCAUCCUCAUACCACCACCCAAACCGGCUACAUCUCAAGUGCGAACAGUAGCCCACGGAGCACCCGUGGAGAUCAUGCGAGCCUAGCUAAUGCGACGGCCAACCAAUGGAAACGAGUGUCGAGCAAAUUGGGUUGGAGAAAACGAAGCGGGGGUCAACUCAGAGAAGAAAGUGAGGCUGCCGAUCGCAUGGAAGAGUGA